UACAACAAAAAGAAAAACCAAAGAAGGAGAAGAAGGAGAAGAAGAAUAUUCAAAUGGCACCAAGAAGUUCUUUGAUCCGUUUCGCCUUCGUCUGCAUUGUCUUGGCCGUGUUGGUCAUGACUGCCGAGUCGCACAACGGAGUCAACCAUGGUCCUGCUAAGGCUCCAUCGGCACAUGGACAUGGUCCAGCUGCAUCGCCACCCAAAGCUCAUGCUCCGUCUCCAAGUGCUGCCACUUUCUCUGCCUACCCUCAGCUCAUGGCCACCGCAUUGGUCGGUGCUUUGUCUUUCCUCUUCUGAGAUGUGUUUCCAUUUAUCUUUGAGAUUGUUUUCUCUCUGAGUUUUAUUUUUUACUUCCUCUCGUGUCUUCCUUCUUCUUCUUUUGUUUCUUCAAAGAUUGUGAUAUGAUGUUAUGUUCCUAUCAUAAUAAAACAUUUAUCUUUUGAUGUUUGAAAUGUAUUUUCGUCCUUUGAA